ACCAAAUUUUCCAAACUUUGUAGUAGAUAACGCGUUUCGUUGAAAAGUCGAACAAAAAGUUGAAUUUUAGGAUUACUUUACAAUUUUGCUAAUUCACAGAAAAAGCAUAAGAAAAGUAAGAUUUGGGGAGGAUUGAGGUAUAGUUUGUUGAUCGUGGGGUCGGGUUGCUUGUUAAAAGAUUUGAGCUUUGAAUAUUGCAUGAGUUUUGUGAAUAUAAGAUGUAUAGCAAUUUCAAGGAACAGGCAGUAGCUUAUGUGAAGCAAGCAGUUGAGGAAGAUAAUGCUGGAAAUUAUGCAAAGGCGUUCUCUCUAUAUAUGAAUGCUUUGGAGUAUUUUAAAACUCAUUUGAAGUAUGAGAAGAAUCCCAAGAUUAAGGAAGCGAUUACUCAGAAGUUUGUGGAGUAUUUGAGGAGGGCUGAGGAGAUUCGUGCUGUUUUAGACGAGGGAGGUGGUGGGCCCACGUCCAAUGGAGACGCUGCUGUUGCGUCGCGCGCAAAGUCGAAGCCAAAAAGCGGAGGAGGAGAGGGUGAUGACUCGGAGAAUGUAAAGUUAAGAGCUGGACUUAAUUCCGCUAUUAUAAGGGAAAAGCCUAACAUCAAGUGGAACGAUGUAGCAGGGCUUGAAAGUGCCAAGCAGGCAUUGCAAGAGGCUGUUAUAUUGCCGGUUAAAUUUCCUCAGUUUUUCACUGGCAAGCGUCGACCAUGGAGAGCCUUUUUGUUAUAUGGCCCACCUGGAACAGGAAAGUCAUACCUAGCAAAAGCUGUUGCUACAGAAGCAGAUUCAACCUUUUUCAGUGUUUCUUCAUCAGACCUUGUUUCAAAGUGGAUGGGUGAAAGUGAAAAACUUGUGUCAAAUCUAUUCCAAAUGGCCCGAGAAAGUUCUCCUUCAAUAGUAUUCAUAGACGAAAUUGAUUCCUUAUGUGGCCAAAGAGGUGAGGGUAGUGAGAGUGAAGCAUCAAGACGUAUCAAAACUGAGCUGCUUGUACAGAUGCAGGGUGUAGGGCACGAUGAUGACAAAAAAGUUCUUGUUCUUGCAGCAACAAAUACUCCCUACUCAUUAGACCAGGCUAUUAGGCGGAGAUUUGACAAAAGAAUAUACAUCCCCCUACCAGAUUUGAAGGCAAGGCAGCACAUGUUCAAGGUACAUUUGGGAGACACCCCUCACAACUUGACAGAAAGUGAUUUUGAGCAACUAGCUCGGAAAACAGAAGGUUUUUCAGGUUCAGACAUUUCUGUCUGUGUAAAUGAAGUCUUGUUUGAACCUGUACGUAAAACUCAAGAUGCUGAGUUUUUCAUUAAGACUAGUGAUGGGUUGUGGGUGCCUUGUGGGCCUAGACAACCAGGUGCCAUUCAAACUAAUAUGACGGAGCUUGCAGCAAAAGGCCUAGCUUCAAAGAUUACACCACCACCAAUCAGCAUAAGGGAUUUUGACAGAGUACUAUGGAAACAGAAGCCAACAGUAAGCAAAGCAGAUCUUGAGCUCCAUGAGAGAUUCACAAAGGAGUUCGGUGAGGAAGGAUGAAGGCUCUUUGGUUUGCUAUACUCUUAUGUAACUAUUGUAGCAGUGAAAUAUUUUAGAUUUGGUCAUCGCUUCAAUAAAACCUAACAGCAUAUGAUAAAGAGAAAUAAUAGGUCUUGGUUCUUAACUUAAGGACCACUGAGCUGAUGUUUAGUGAUUGCUGUUUGGGCUUUGCUGUACAGCUCGAUGUUAGUUUGUCGAAAAGCAUAUUAUGAAAUUUUACACGUUUAGACCAUCGUAUACUAUAGAAUGAAAGAGAUGUUGUUUUUGUACUAACAA